AUGACUUUAUUGGGAUUUAUUAAAGCGUGUUCAGAUAAAAUCUUCCAAUAUUGUCCAUUUCUUCAAAAAGUUAUAUUUUCAAAACCAAAUGAGUAUGAAAUAUUGAAACACAUUUUAAGUUUCUUUUCCGGAUUUGUUGUAGGACAAGUCUAUUAUGUAUAUUUAUUGAAAAAUUGUUUCUUUAAUGAAAUAUUAGGUUUGGCGUUCGCUUUGAUGUUAAGCACAGUCAUAGGAAUAUGUUGCGCUACUUCUUGUCAAGUAAGAUGCAUAUUGUUACUCUGCGUGCCGAUGUACUGCGGUAAAGUCGGCCGUGGAGUACUUAAAGCUAUAAUAUUGACUUAUAUUGUUGCCGGUCCGAUCACUAACAUGGGAUUGAAUGCUAAAGAGGUUGUAAGAGUGUUCGGUUGCAGCAAUGAAUUAGCGUACAAUCUAUCUACAUAUAAAUACACGUUGUUAAUGAACGUAAUCAGAAAAACUGCAUUGGAUAUGAACAUUGAAGUGGAUCGAGUCAAAGAUAGUUUUAGGUACUUCAAAGUUGUCGCCAGACCUAUAGAAAAGGAAUUGGUGAUUUCAAAAGAAUUAGAUAUUGAGGAAUACGAUUAUUUGGACUAUAUGUACGAUCUCACUUCUAAGCCUGCUGAUGGCUUUGUUCAUGAGAACGGGAAAGCAUGUUUCCAAAGCGGACAUUUACUUAUAAAGAACUACACCGAUAAAUUGUCACAAAGAUGUGAUAAAAUGAUCGAUCGUGCAAUCAGAAUGUGCAACCAAACUUUUACGUCUGUCUACCGAGAUUGCUUGAAGUUUCUCUUUAUUAAUAAAUCGUAUUAUUCUUUUUGUCGGCGAUUAAGACCCACGGAAAUUUGUGACUUUGGAACUUUUAAAAAGAGUACAUGUUUCAACCAAACGCAGGUUAACAAAGGUCUAGGAAUAGGCUACGAAACAAUGAAACUAAUUGAAUAUGAAUUCACGAAGAAGUUAAGGAGAGUCAAAUUGCAAUGCGAGCCAAGAACUGGUCAAGACAAUUUCUUUAUUAAGGAUGCGAGAAAAACCAACGAGAACAUAGGAAUUUCUUUUGAAGAGAAAACCUCAAUUAUGAGGCUCGUAGUUACGAUGAUGAACGUUUGCCUGGCGCUGCUUUUCCUCCGAAUAUUCCUGGCUGCCGUUACUUACCACGACUUGUACUUGACCAAUAUUAACCAUGAUAAUGUCUACAUUACCGGUUACUUUAAAAUGAUCGAUGAAAGACGUAGGAUUAGCAAUAAGAUGCACCUUUUGCCGCUGAAGAAGAUGGAACGAAGAAAAUACAUUGACAUCCACUCAGCAGCGCUGAUGACUGAGAGGAGCAAACUAGUCACUCAAGUCCUGAAGCUGGCCUUAGAGAUGAUAACAGCAACGACCUUCGUGAUGAUGGACCGGAUGUUCUACGAGGCUUUGGACAUGGUGCGGCGCUACGCUGACCUGGAACCGAGGCAGGGGCUGCGAGACUUGGAGAUAAAAGUUGAUGGCGUUGGACCAAUUUCAGCCAUUCUAAGAAAGUUCUUCGAGAGCUUCGAUGUUAGUCCGAUCAGUUCUUUUACUGUGGUCACUAAGGAGUGCGUCCCGCAGCCCUGUGCCAUGCCCGCCCAAUAUUUAUUUAAGAUAUACGGGGGAUAUUUAUGGAUAUUACUGCUCUUGUAUCUAAGCCCAUAUACGCUCCGGUUAAGAAGAUUAAUCUGCGCGUAUUUUUAUCCUUGUCGCGAGAAACAGAGAGUGCUUUACUUAUACAAUGAUAUACUGAAGAAACGGAUGAAAAUACAGAAGACUUUACAAAGGACUGCAGUUCAGGCGGUCAGAACCCAUUACCUCUCGAGCGAGAAUCUGCUGAGCAUGCGAAUGAAAUUCCCUGAACUGUUGGGCUGGCUCCAGGUCUUACCGGCUGCCAGGAUGACCUGUCUGAUAUGUGGCGAAACCGAGCCCAGGAGAGGUAAUUGGCAGAUGGCCUACCUGAUGGUGCGUGGUUACCGACGUCCAUGGACGUCAGGAAUGCCAGGGGAUGAGCCAAGUCGCUGCCUACCGUUUACCAAAUGGUUCCAUCGGUUAAUAAAUGCCUGAGAUUCUCCUCAGAAUUAUUGGGCCUGGCCUCAUGGUACUCGUGUCCCCGCGUGA